CGUGUGGUUCACUCUUUUUUUUUAUCAGAUAGAUAGUUCUAUAAUAGGAAGGACUUGACAAACUAAAUUACAUGCCACAGGCAACCUUUUCUCCAGCUAUAGGGAGUAAUUAUUUCAGUAACCCAACUCGUGUGUCCGAUGAUGAGCCCUAUUGGAUUGCUUUUUCUCGCGAAUAUGCAAUUCCAGCAAUAGUCUUUAUGGCUAUUAUCUAUUAUUUAAUUAUGCAUCUGUGCAUACCUUUGAGGAAUUUUGAGGUAGUACACGUAAAAAGCUCAAAGAGCUAAGAAGAGGGAUACCAAGAGUCAAAUACAAAAGAUCUACAUAAUAUAUAGAUAUCUAUCGAUCUAAUAUUAAACACGUUCUUUAGUGUUUUUCUUACAAUGAUAUACUAUUCCUUUUUUUCUUACUUCAUGAAAAAUAUAAACUCCACUAAGAUCAUACACAUCAUAUAGUUUACAAAAGCUUAACGUUGAGGCCGCCUUGAAAAUUUAUGGCCACUAUGACGCCGCAGAUAGUAUAAAGUAUUCAAGCGUUUAAUAAAGAAAAAGUGAAAAUUAAACCUUCCGAGUAAAAAUCCACAUUUGAAAAACUAAGUCGGGGUAUUGUUAAGAAACUAAAUUACGCGUAAAGGCUUUAGCAAGUCAAUAACUAGUCUUCAAAUACAGAGCACAUAAUCUUUGCUAAUAAUAGAGUCGCUGAAGAUUUCUAAAAUACUUUCUAAUGAAUCCUAUUGCGUCAACAGGGCUAUAUCAUGUGUUUAUGCCUCUAUAUUUCGUAAAGCAUUGAUGGAUAAGAUAAACAAGACCAUGCCUAGGGAACACGUGUUUUCUAUCUGCACGUUAAGGACAAUGCGAGAUUCUGUUAGACAGUCUCUUGAUAGUACGGAGUGUGCACAUAACGUAUGCUCAAUAGUCUGCUGGUGUUCUUUUUUUUCUUUGGUUCCUUUUGCCUUCCCUCCUUUCCACUCUCUGAUGUUUAUGCGUUGCGCGGGCGCCGUCAAUUACUGUUGCAGCUAGUGCGAGAUGCGCCGA